AUGCCUGAUACAUGGAGACAAAAUGCCAUGGCAGGAGAGGAUUGGUUUUCUGGAUUUAUGAAACGCAAUCCAAAACUUUCAAUCCGCUGCGCUCAAGCAACAAGUCUUUCCAGAGCAACUAGUUUCAACGUUACGAAAAAAACGCACAGCAAUGAAAAACAAAUCCAACUCUCGGAAUUGGAUUUCUCGGCGUCUGGUUCCUAUUCCUGUGUCGUUUCUAUGGAUACGCCAAUAUAUAUGAAGGAUUCCGACAGCAAGGAUCUCACUGUCAUAGAACCACAAGAAGGACCUCCUGAAAUAACUUUCAAUAAGAGUACAUACGAAAUAGGAGAGGUUCUGGAAGCCAAUUGUACAACAACUCCGGCGAAACCACCGCCCCACAUAACUUGGUUAAUCAACAACGAAAAGGUGAGCGAUAAACUAACCAAAUCAUUCUCGAAUGGGUUGAUCCACGGACAUGGAUAUUUUGACCAGAAAGCCUUCUCCAUCAAGCAGCUCUCCAUCGAAGUGUCGGACCUCCACUUGGGGGAAGACGGCCAGCUUACUCUAACAUGUCAGUCAACGAUUCCUGGAUACGUCAACGCUAUGGAAAAUUAUGCAGAUUUCAGGAGUGCCACAAAGGAGAAAGCCAAGAAACAUUUUUCCCAGAAAUCAAUAAAUAAGUUUGUAAUGAGUUCUAGUGAAAUUGUGGAGGUAGCAAGAGAUCAGAGAUUUGACAUCAGGGCCGGCCUGAAUCAUCCAGAUGCCCCAGAUGAAAUUGAAAUCAAAUUAUACAUGAUAGCAUAG